UUUUCAGGUGACCUUCAUAUCUUAAAGGCUUCCUUUUCAUUCUAACAAUUUAGACAUUUCUAGUCAGGAGCUUCACAGUAGUGUCCUUGCUUCACAAUGGAAUGCAUUGGAAGCACGGUUAUUCUUGAUCUCAUUUCUUGGUCUCGGUAAUGUGUUUAAGUAAAAUUGAUCCCAUGUUACGUUACUGUUGAUUGUUGGAUGUGACAGGCCAUUUUGGCCUUUCACACUGUGCGUCAUCAUGUCUACUGCCUCAUUCAUGAAGGCCUGCUCUCAGGCUCCAUCCACAGAUGCCAUUAAAACAAUGCAAGUAAAAAUAAAGAAUCCACUUAGGCAAGUCUUUGAUGCAGAAGAUAAAGUUUAUCAAUUUCAGGAGGUUUAUGAAUUUUUCCGGAAACGCAUAGUUGAAGUGUUGCAAAAGGAGGGACGCCUGUUGCCAAAUUCAGUCAAUAUUGCAGGGGACCCUCUGGAAGAGGUUUUUGGCACAUCUAUUCUCCCAUUUGGGAUGAUCCUGUCAUGCCUAUAUGCACAAGUGGAGCCAGUUGACCGUACAGACCUGAAAGGUAGUCGUAAGCUAGAAUGUGGAGACCCUGAUGAAUCUGAUGAUUGUAUGCCCACACCUAGGAAGCAGAGGAGAGCAGACUCUCCUGAGGAGUCUAAUAGUGAUGUGGAAAGUGUCUACAGUGUCCAGGGAUAUGUGACAGAAUUAUGUAAGAACUCAGACUACUACUCUUCUUCGUCUGAAUAUGAAACAAUGGAUGAGUUUGAGGUAAGAGUUCAUCGAGAGGGAGAUGUGGGAAUUGAAUAUGAGGUCCAAAGUUCCUCUAAUGACUCAUAUCUUCACGAUGAGGAUUCAGACUCCAGCUCUGGUGUCGAGGAAGCAGUAGUCGUGGCAGCUGCUGCCCUCUGUGGAGAUGAUUGUUCGGAAUUGGACUUCUUCGCGGAUUCCUCGGAUUUCUUGAGCACCGAGACCCUGGUCUCUUCUUCGGAUGCAGAGAUGCCCCCCGAUGACUGGAAGUGUAUGGACUGUGGCAGUUCCACUCAAAAGCCUUUCUUCCGAUACUGCAGCAAAUGCUGGCAGGAGAGAAAAGAGAUGUUGGGUCGUCCUCCAAGGCGGAAGAAGAAGCGGCGAAAGUCUGGUAGAUCCAGGUUAAACGUACAGAGCCAGACAGAAAAUGGGGACGAUCCCAGCUCCUCUCAGAUGAGUGCAUCCUCCAUUGCAGGCAGUUCCAGUGUAAGUUCUGUUAGUUCCAGCUUUCCAGGAAUGUGCAUCACAUGCGUGAUCAGGCUGAUGGCGGCUGAAGCGCCCCAUCAGCAAGAGCGGAAGAAGAAGCCUCCAGGACAGGUGGUCCAGCCGCAGCCCGUCCCCAGCGUCAAGAGUUUCCUCGACAAUGUCGCCGGGUUCAUCCACGAGAUGACGCCUUUGCAGGUCGCGCUGGACACCAAGGAGGUGGUGCGAUGGGUUCGCUUCGAGUCGCUCGAGGAUGCUCCGGGGACGUUAUUGCUCAUCUUGGGCUACAACACGGGCGUGCAGGUGUGGGCCGUGGGGAAGACGGGGGAAGCGGUGGAGGUGUUGUCGUGGAAACAGGGCUCCGUGCGACUCCUUCACAUCCUUCCCGAACCUUCACAGAAGCGGGAGGACAGUUACGUGUCUCAAAGACCGCUCAUGGUCCUCUGUGAUAGCAGCACUGCCAACGGCCCUCCAUAUUCCACUCUCACGUUUCUGUCCCUCAAGACGGGAGAUCAGGUGAAGACUAUUCAGUGCAAGGCAGGGGUAACCGAGAUCCUAGCGGAUCACCGAGCCGUUGUCGUCACCUGUUUGUCCUACAUCCUCGUCCUCGACGCCUCGUCUCUAGAACAGCUGUUCCAAAUCGAUAGUUGUUACCCGGCGCUGAAUCCCGUUGCACUGGGCAGUCGUUGGCUGGUGUAUCCGGACCGGAAGCUCAUCAUGCCUUUGCAUUCCGAUGGAGGCGUGUCCUCGGAUGCCCAAUCAUACACGGCAUCUGUCAUCAGUGCAGCCAAGACUCUGACUAAAAGCCUGAAGGGCGUUUCGACCUCCGAUCCGCAGUGGGAGGUGGGGGUUCUCACGGUCGUAGAUCUGGCGAAUGCCGAGAGAGGUGAAUGGUGCCUUCACGCGGAGAGUCGCGGAAUCGUUGCUCAUUUCAGGGCGCAUUCCCAUCACCCCGUGGUAGCCAUGAAUUUUGACAACUCUGGGAAUCUCCUCCUCACGGCCGACAAGCCCGGAAACGUGUUCAACGUGUUCCGCAUCCACGCGCAUCCACUGGGAUCGUCCAUGGCUGCCGUUCAGCACUUGUACUGUUUGCAUCGAGGAGACACGACCGCCCGAGUUCAACAGAUGACUUUUUCGAGCGACGCGAGAUGGGUCGCCGUAAGCACCCUUCGCGGAACCACCCAUCUCUUCCCCAUCACGCCCUACGGUGGACCGGUCACCACACGGACCCAUUUGUCUCGAGGCGUGGUGAAUCGACUCAGCAGCUUCCAUCGCAGUGCGGGAUUGGAUGAGGGCUUCAAGAACGGGUUCGUGUGCAUCGGGGGUACCCGUGGUGACCCGACCGCACCCCGCUUCCCUCAUCCGACCGUCGUCAUGCCUUUGGCUCAAUUGCGACACGGCGGAUUCGCCGUUCCCCCUUCUACAGAGGAGACGAACUGCGUGAGGAUUGCAGCCAAGUUCACCAGCGGUCGACCGCAGCUGGUCCAGCCGUUCACGAGCAAAAAAGCCUCGGAGACCCUUUACGUCCUCACUUGCCAUGGUCUCCUCUUCAGGUACUGCCUCGAACCGCAGGCAUCGUCGUCCUCAGGUGGAAGUGGGGAGCGAGUGUUGGAGGAAUCCCCCCUGGAAGUGAAUGUGAAGGCUGAGGUGCAGUGGAAGCUUCUUCCUCCAUUGUCAUCCCUAGAGCUCCAUCCUCCAUUGUAUGCAGGGAAUCCCCUGCUUCACAUGGGAAAUCCCCAGGGAUUCCUUGGCACUUCUGCAAGACUGACAUCUACUCAGACCACCCCUGGAUCUCAUCCUCCUGCUUGGCUCUCCAUGGUGGAGAUAGCAACAUAUCAAGAGCCUCAUCGUCGCUUGUGGAUGGGUCCCCAGUUCACCUUUCAUCCUCUUGAUCAAGCCACACCAACAACAGGGAGCAGAGGGUUGAUGAUGCAACGGCCCAUCCACGGUGAAGGAGAUGGAGAAAGGAGGAAGUUGGUGGAGAUCUAUGGGGCUCAGAGGAAAGGAACUCCAAAGGAGGCCUCUGAAAACAAGAUUGAGGAAAACCUAGCUGAGGCUAUGGAGGAUACCUCCCUGCCUGUUAUGAGUGAUACAGACAACCCAAGAAUGGAGGAGGAACCCCCAAGUCAGGCAAGGUUGAAGGGCAAGAAAGGCAAGAGGGAGGAGUGUCGAGAGCAGAUUCAGGGCUUCCCAGGUGCAAAAUUCAAGAAGUUUUCCACUCGCUCAGAGGCACAGCGUUUUGUGGACGCAUGCAGGGCAGAUCCCUCUCGCUGGCCUGUUGAUCCCAACAAGACUCCCAAAUCCAAGAAUCUCAGAAGCCCACACAGAGAUCUUCUCCUUUUGGCUGCACUCCACAAUGACAUUGACGUGUAUGAAGACCUCCAGGCCUCGCCUGAACUAAUAAACAAGGCAAAGACGGUGGACAAAGCUUCAUUUGAGACAAAUCCUGAUGGCUCGGUGGUGGUAUAUACCGAUGGAGCAUGUUCCAAGAAUGGCUACGUGGGAAGCAAGGCUGGCAUCGGUGUCUAUUUUGGUCCCGAUAACCCUCUGAAUGUGUCAGCUCGAGUACAAGGUAGGCAGACAAACAAUAAUGCUGAGAUUCAGGCAGCCUUUCAUGCAGUCACACUGGCCAAAGCUGCUGGGUUUGAGGCAGUGGAGAUUCGUACAGACUCCCAGUUUAUGAUCAGCUGCAUGACAGACUGGUUGAACAAGUGGCUUGGGAACAACUGGAAGACCGCUCAUGGUGAGGAGGUGAAGAACCGUCACGAGCUGACUGCACUUCUUGAGGCAUCUCAGGGCAUCCGUGUCAACUAUACGCACAUCCCAGGUCAUUCGGGCAUUCCCGGGAAUGAGGAAGCAGACCGACUCUCUCGAGAGUGCCUGUGAUAUACUGUAUUCCAUCCGCCACAAUCUGCCUCCCACCUCCAGCUCACAAAUGAAAAAAACUGGACACCACCUUCAACAACUUCUAUUUAUUCCUUCCCAUCUUUUGUUUUGCAUUUUGUACAAAAGUUAAGCCCAUCUGUAUAGUAGGAUAAGUUUGGGAACUCUUUCAUGUGAACUUCAACUGAUCUAAACGAAACAAUAAAAAAACAAACAAAAAGUGAAUGCUGAAAGCUCUAGAGCUUGUUUCAAUGCCUGAGGACAGGCAGGAAUCCCCUCUUCCCCUUACCCCCUAGUCUAAACCAGAAAGGAUGAAAUGUGUGAAUGAAUUGAUUCAGAACACCAGAGGGAUUGAAGUUCUAUAUCAUUUUGCAACAUUAAUGUCUUUAAUGUGACUGAAUUGCAUCCAUAGAUAUCAACAUUAUGGCUCUCAUGCAUCCCCCCAUAAUAAAUCAAAUUUGUAAUUGGAAAAUGAAUAUCAAACAGGGGUUACCCUUAGCUUCACAAUACAGUUUUGCACCAUAAGGUAGGCAUUGGCUAAUGGUGUGAUGGUGACAAUAAAGUUAUGGUGGGAUGUUUGUGGGA